UUUUUUUUGCUUCAAAUACGAGUUUACUGCUUCCUGCUGAUCUUCACUCUCUCUUUUUCUUUUUUCCGCAAUUAUCCCUAUCAUGUCAAAUAACAGAGACAUUCUAAUAACUUCACCUCCUUUAGCCGAGCGGCAAAAUGGCUCGACCAAAUCCAUCAUCACUGAGCCAUACACUCAGCCUACACAAUCUGCCACUGAGGCUCUUCCUGAACGCGACCCUCCUCCAGGUCUAUCAAAGUGGCAGGGUCCUAUUGAUGCUACUCAGCCAAUAGGGGCACCUGUUCAUACAAUCCAACCGUCAUUGACCCCCACUCCUUCACAGUCGAAGCAGGCGAGAGAACUGAGCGGUGCAUAUCCUGAUGAGCCUGUCAGGCCAGUAGCACCUGCACAGGCGUCGAACAGAACUACUGCUACUGCUCAAACGCUUCAAACAACCCAAACAAGUCAAACAGGCCAAACAGGCCAAACGGCUCUAACAGGCCAAACAGGCCAAGCAGACCAAACAGGCCAAACAGGCCAAGCAGACCAAACAGGCCAAACAGGCCAAACAGGUCAGACAGGUCAAACGAUGUCACCCAGUAUCAAAAAGGAGGAGAUUUCCUUUCAGUUUGAUAGACACGUUCAAGAGAUUCGACGACGAAGGACGACUGAAAAGCAACUGCCGCCUCCUGAUCGCGAGGACUUUACAAGGGUCGAAGCAGAAUCAGGAAAGCGUGUCUUUGAAGUGCGUCUCUAUAUCCUAGCGUAUGCGAGAUAUUUUAUCGAAUCCUUGGCGCGAGAUGACAAGAUUCGCAAGGUCGAGCCAGUCCAAUGGUCUAAAAUGAGAACUUUAUUGAGUCGACUGUAUGAUGUUACCAACCCUGUCCAGUCCCUUGGGCUUUAUCUCGAUCGCGUCAUGCACUGGAGAAAUCCUACCGAGACAUUCGCAUGGUUUAUCUCAUAUUUCACACUUUGGUUUUUCGGGUUAUGGUCACAAGGGCUGAUCUUGUUGCUCCUACUCAAGCUCCUCAAUAACAAGUUCGGGUUCCUUGGCAAUAUUGAUGAACAUCUUGAUGUUCCAGAACCCGUUGGAGCGGAUCUAAUCCGUAAGGAACAGACCUCCACUAAAAAAAUAAAGAUCCGUUCGCAAUUAGAAGAGUUGAUCAAGUCCAAAGACCUCACCGACUGGGGCUCUCACAUGGUCAGCAUCUGGGGACCUUACUCCCAAGCACUCUUAGAAGAGAACCUCUGCUAUCUAGAGCGAGUCAAAAACCUGUUCCAGUGGGAAAGGCCUGCGCAAACAUGGCGCGCCGUUGGUGGAAUGAUAGGAGCGAUCUUUGUCGUUACAUUCUUCCCAUUCCUGAUUAUGCCAUCCAUUGGUCUGUUUCUUGGGAUCGAGUUUUUUAUCCUGUUGCCCCUCCAAGAUGCUUACCCCCGACUCGCUCACGUGUUUUCGCCUGUGGAAUGGCUCCUCUGGGGCGUGCCCACAAACGCAGAGCUUGUUGUUGAGCUGAUGUCGCAGGGGAGGGAGACCGAGAUCGGUCGAGUGUCUAAUGAGGUCAUUACUGGUGAGGGUGCAAACGCCGAUGGACUUUUGAAUGACGGACAGAGCGCAAAGGGCUCUUUAUUGCGUGAGGGAGGUCGUACACCAGCAUCCGCGGCCAUGCAUGAUUACCGGAAUAAGAUGCAAGGUGAAACUUCGUCAAUAGAUUCAGGUCCUUAUGACACUGCAGAUGGUCGAACUGAAUUCCACUGUUUACUACGAGGCAAGCCAGGAAGACUUAUGAUCGCUGAAGAUGCACUACGCUUCCGAACUGCAAAAUUACUUGGAAAGGAUGUUGAAGUGGAGCUCCCCUGGGAAGAGAUUGAUAAAAUCAAAAAGGCUAAAACCAUGAAAGUCGGACCUUUGUCAAUGCCUGGUAUUGAAGUGACAGACAUGGGUGGGCACGUGACUGUGUUCCAAAACGUCGUUCACCGCGAUGAUGCUUUCCGCAAGCUUGUUGUCACUUCGGGCAAGAAGUGGAGCCACGUUUCGUAGAGAGAGAUUUUCUUAUGUUGAUUUGAAAUAGGAUACUGUUACAUGGAGUUUGUACUAAAAAAUAAAUAAAUAAAUAAAUAAAUAAAUAAAAAUGAAGUAAAUUUAAGCGGAG